UCCAACGCUUCCAAUGUUGUAGCUAUGGACACAACGAUACACCCGGUGUGUGGUUACUAUGGUGAUAGAAGUUAAGUUGCGCUUUGUGGUUUCGAUAAACCUUAGCUAGCAAUUCAACCACCUUUUCUGGGUUUAGCACUUUAGCUAAUGAUCAAUAUUACGUUGUUUUAAUUGCUUGAACUAAACUCUGUCGAAUUUGGCUUACGUUAAGUUAGCUGCUAAUCUAACGUUAGCUACUGCAUAUGGACGUAACUAUUAUAAUUGAACUAAUAGCUAUUUGACGUUAUCGUUCGACGUAGUAAGGUCGUGGCCGUUUGAAGAUUUUGUUUAUGGACGUUUACCAAACCAAUAGAUGUUAAUGGUUCUCCUAAAUUCGAUUCAUUGCCACUGGAUAGAACUAUCGUUACCAUCGGAAUAUGAACAGAUUAGAAAGUGUCCUGGAGUACCAAAAAAAUCUCUCCAACAAGGCCAGUUGUCAUCAUGCAGUUCAACGUCCAGGAGAGCAAGCAUGUAUGCAGGAUCAGGCUGGGUCUCUGCAGUUCCCUGGCUGCCUGUGCAUGACAUCUCCGAAUGAGUCCAAGCUGGAGGAAGAAGGGGAGAUCUGUGAAGAUGAGGAGCGCAGAGCCCCGAUUGAGCUAUUUGCUGAGUUCCUGAAGUCAGUGCUGGAUAAAGACUACAUUCUUGCAAAGAAACUCUGUGAAAUGAUUCUUAUUUAUGAACCUGAUAACCCUGAGGCCAAACAAUUCAUUCCCUUAAUUGAAGAGAAGUUGCAUUUAGUGGGACAGGAAGAGUGUGAGGAUGAUGAGAGUUCCAAUGACUCGGAGGACAGCUCUGACUCCAGUGACAGUGGGGAGGAGUCCUCUGAGAGCUCUUGACUUCUUACCCUCAUCAGAGCAAGAAAAAAUGCAAAGUCUGUCCACCACCUCCUCUAUCAGAAUGACUUAUUUAUUGAUUAGUGUUUCAUGCAUUGUGAAAAGUUCGACUACCAUUUUCUUAAUGCAUGUGCUAUACUUUAUUAUUUAUGUUUGUUUGUUCAACUUUAUUCAUUUGUUUAUGCUGUUUCUGUUAGGAAUGUUGCAAGCUAUAUUCACUAUUCUUACUACAAAUGUUUUGAAACAAAUUUGAG